AUUUUCAAUCCUAACUCUACCACACAUACUGUGAGUCUAUGAGUGACUGAGAGUGAGUCAGUUCUUCCCUUUUGAAAACACUUGAAUGAUGAUGGCUUUUCGUCGAGCACCUGCAAUUCGAAAAGUUCUUACUAAACUAGGGCUUGCUUCUAGUGCCGCCGCUCCUCCCCGCGCCUUUCAGACCUUCUCCCUUCCCGAUCUCCCUUACGACUAUGGCGCACUGGAGCCAGCAAUUAGCGGCGAAAUCAUGCAGCUUCAUCACCAGAAGCACCAUCAAACUUACGUUACCAAUUACAACAAAUCCCUCGACCAGCUCCACCACGCCAUCAACAAGGCCGAUUCCCCUGCUAUCCUUAAAUUACAGAACGCUAUCAAAUUCAACGGCGGAGGUCACAUAAAUCACUCAAUCUUCUGGAAUAACCUGGCUCCAGUCAGUGAAGGAGGUGGUGAGCCCCCAAAGGGUUCUUUUGGAUGGGCCAUUGAUGCUGAUUUUGGUUCCUUUGAAGCACUGGUCCGAACUAUGACUGCUGAAGGUGUUGCUUUACAGGGUUCUGGAUGGGUUUGGCUUGGUUUGGACAAAGAUCUGAAGACACUAGUCAUUGAAACAACAGUGAAUCAAGAUCCUCUUGUGACAAAAGGGCCUAGUUUGGUUCCUUUGAUUGGGAUCGAUGUUUGGGAACACGCUUACUAUUUACAGUAUAAGAAUGUGAGACCCGACUAUCUUAAGAACAUAUGGUCUGUUGUGAACUGGAAGUAUGCGAGCGAGGUGUAUGCAAGAGAGUGUCCUUUUGCACAAGCAGUUCCUCGCUGUUCUUAACAGGAUUGAGUACCAUGACAGCAAAGAAGAUGUUCUAAAUAUGUGAAAUUUAUUGAUGUGUUUUCUUUUACAGAAAAAUAAGGAGGAUACAUUAUAUCCUUGAAACUGAAUGUAAUCAAACAAUGUAUGGGAAUCUUCAUUUCUUAAUUAUUCAAUGAAGAUAAAUAUUGUUUUAAUAAACUAAAAGAUAAAUACUAUGAUA